CCAGAAUCAUGAUUUCAGUGCCAAGUUCCCGUCCUAGUUGCGUAGCGUCAGUCAACACGCGGUAACUGUGCCCGAUGGUCAGAAUCGAAAGUGUUACAGCGUAAAUAUUGCGUUAAAAAAUUACAAAGGAAUCGACAACUUCCUUCUUUUUGAAGUCGGAUAAAAAUUAUACUUUGACGAAAUUAUUAUUGUUAAAAAAUUAACGCGGGAAAAUUUACAUUUCGACAUUAUGGCAGACGACGGUUUUCAAGUUUAUAUGAGAAUGGAAAAUAUUACAGAACAGGAAGAUAGACAUUUAGCUGGCGCUAGAAAGGAAAUAAGAAAUGAUUUAACAGUUUUAAUACCAGAAAAUCCUUUCCCAGAAAUCGCAGUGGAAGCGUAUCCACCUCUCAAAUUUUCAUGGGUCAUUCCCAAGAAAUUAGCAGCCAUGGCAUUUCCAAGAAAUAAGGAGAAUUUGCAGUUCCUCGUCAAUCAAGGUAUAACGAAUCUGGUAACACUAGCGGCGGGGAAAAAACCUCCCGUUGACGAUAUUGCCAGAUUGAGGUGGACAGAGAUACCGAUAGAAGAGUUCGAAUUACCAACAAUAGAACAAAUAAAAAAAUUCAUUGACGUUUGUAAACGAGCGGACAAAAAUGGCGAGGUGAUUGGCAUCCACUGCCGACAAGGGCGCAGUCGCUGUGGCGUGAUGCUGGCCUGUUAUCUAGUACACUUCCACAGGUUUUUGCCCGACCAAGCGUGCAAUGUCAUCCGGAUGAUGAGACCAGGUUCAUUGGAUUUUCCGGAGCAAGAGGAAGUGGUUGAUAAAUACUUCGAGCACCUAACCGAAGACAAUCCAUUGAGGUUUGGCGUCAGUGGUGAGGUGAUGGAAGAGUUUAUUGAGGCCGCUAGAGAGAGCACAAAGCACAUUCUCUAAUCUAACGCCAUCUGUCUGUGAUCAUGCUGUAUUGUGAUUUAUUUAUAAUCUGUUUGAAAAAAUACUGUACCUGAAUGCA